CCAUUUGUAAACUUUUGUUGUAUAUAAAAAUUCUUGAGUUAUUUUGCAUAUUAUAACCAAUUGAGCAUUCCCAUUAGUCAUUCAAACAAACAUGAGUCUCUCUCUGAGGCAGGAGUUCUCUCUGGACAAAGGGAAAAGAAGAAAGAGAAGAGAACUUGGUGAAGAACAAAAACAAGAAAUAAAAGAGGCAUUCGAACUGUUUGACACUGAUAAGGACAGAGCUAUUGACUAUCAUGAGCUGAAGGUCGCCAUGAGAGCAUUAGGGUUCGAGGUGAAAAAAGCUGAUGUUCUCAAAGUACUACGUGAUUAUGAUCGUGAGGGAACUGGGAAAAUAAGCUUUGAGGAUUUCAAUGAAGUCAUGACCGACAUGAUGCUGGAGAGAGACCCACAAGAGGAAGUAGCUAAAGCUUUUAAGUUGUUCGAUGAUGAUGAAACUGGAAAAAUCAGCCUAAGGAAUCUCAGAAGAGUAGCAAGGGACCUUGGUGAGAAUAUGACUGAUGAAGAGCUGCGGGCAAUGAUUGAUGAGUUUGAUAGAGAUGGCGAUGGAGAAAUCAAUGGAGAUGAAUUCAUUUCUAUAAUGACGGGUGACACAUAAGGAAAAACUCCUGUCAUGACAUGUGGAUUGUGAAAUACUGGGCGAUACUUAAGCAGCAUUUUAAUUAACAUUAACUAUGGAUACAAAAAUACAACAGAUGAGUCAAACAAUCUAAGGCAGUCAGUCUGCCUUUAUGUGACAAUACAACAAUCCGGAGCAUACUACAUGAAACAGAAAUUUCAAGAAAACUGGAUAUUACAGUAAAUAAAAUCUGUAUAUAUGGAACUCUCUCCUUAGUAAGUAAUGGUGAAAAUUGUUCCUCAAGACAAGUCGAAGUGUUCCUUUCAGAGAGUCUUCAUUAACAUGCAAGUUAAUGGGACUUGGUUCUUUAGAAAGUUUAUCAAUGCAGUGAUUUGGUCCUUACAGAGAGGUGUUCCUUCAGACAGGUUUUGCUGUACUUUAUAAAUGUUUUGUUUUCAUUUGGAAUGUGUUCUUGAGUUUGUUCCUCUACAUCGGGUAUGCGGCCAAUCUGCAACAGUACCAUACGGUACGGUUUUGGUUAUGGUACUGUACGGUACCAUUUUGGUUAUGGUACUGUACGGUACUGUGAAAUAUGGUACCAUAUGGUACUGGGGACUAAAAUGGUACUGUAGGGUACUGUGAACAGUGUACAUCGCCAUAUGCAAACGGUGCCAUACUCUUAAAUGUUCUGUACAGUAUUGUGAUUUUAGAGUGCCGAUUGGGGU